CCAGUACUCAGCUAUAUCCACUUUUCAGGUCACAUUAUUAAAAUACCCUUUCUUGUGCAAGUUACAGCCUACACACUGCCUACUCUGUGGAAACUGCUUUCAAAAUCAGUGUCUGGUAGUUGAGAGUGCACACCAGAAGAUCAAAUCAAAUCAAAUUUUAUUUGUAUAGUACUACUAUGACUGUCAUAGUAGUACUGAUAUUAAUCAUAAUUUAACAGGAGACCCUCUUAUUUCACCUACGAUGCUGGAGGCAGUUGGCAGUUGAGUGUUAUUUACUCUGCUAGACAGCGUCUUUCUCUGACUCGCUCAAACACACACUGUAGAGCUCAAUGUGCUGUGACAAGAUUGAGAACACACCCCAACUGAGCAGCUCUCUGUGUGAUAAGGCAGCUAUGCCCCUACUCAAGUUAAAGACAGGAUUUCUUGGCCAUCUAAUGGUUUAGGCCAUAAAAUUGUUUAGAACAUACAUCUUUACAGAAAAAGGACACAUUUAGCGUGUUUACUGCUGAUUACUAAGUUUUAUCAAUUAUGCAUAAAGCAGCAGGUUCAGAACUUCAUUUAACUCUUUACCUGUUUUGUAUCCUUUAACAUAUUGAACCGUUUAGGCGUUGGAAAUUUAAUAUAAUUUAUUUGUCUAAAUUCAGCCAUGUAUGCUUUGCCAUUGCUACACAACAGCAACAUUUUAGCUUCACUGCAAGCUUCUAGUUUGUACAUAAACAUGUAUGCAAAACAAAAGGUCCCAUUUAUUAUUCGGUCUUUUACUAAUUUAAUUCAGGCACAAACCAUUUAUGCUUUACAUUUGUGCAGCAGUCUUAGAAAGGCUGUAGGUAUUCCUUCCUUUACAACAGUAUUUUAUCCAUAUCACACGCUGCACACACACACACAACAUGCUCUGGUCUUUUUUUUUCUGUCAGUGCUGUGCCAGCUCCUCCAGCUUUACAAAUAUGAUAAGGCCAAAGCUGCAAGAACUCUCCCAGCACUAUGCUAAUGGUUAACCAGAUAAUUCAUGUAGGGGAGGGAAUAGAAAACAGUCAGAAGUUAUUCUGUCUUCUUUUCUGUGCUUGGCGCCUUCAAUGAAUUGAAUUCAUUCAUAGUAGGACUACAAAUGGAGGGGAUAUUGCAACAAGAGAAACAAGAGUCGGAAUAUAAAAAUCCGAAUGAGGAUGAAGGUGGGAUCCGUUGCCGACUGCGGGACAGGAAUCUACUCAGGAAGAGAAAGGCCGAAGCAGAAGAGAAGGAAACUAAUCAGUGGGUUUGGGGAGUGGAGAGCCAAAGAAAAAGAUCAGUAGCUGGGGAGAAGAGUGGCACAAGGAAGAGAGGGAGGCCCAGAAAGACUGAACCCACGGCGGAGAGAUCCGUCAUUCAGGAAGAGGCAGCGGUACUUCAGGAAUCUCCUGCAGUAGUGGUGGUGUCUGAACCCGCCGGGGCCAUCCCAGAUCACACAUCAGGCUCUUUUAGCCCCUUGAUUGCUGUGGGAGGUGACACACUGGUAUCACGGCAGCCAGCAUCUCUGCUUGCUGGAUCUGUCUUUGCAUCUGGUCUAACUUCUCCAGCACCACUUAAUCCAACUCCAGCUCUUGUUUCAUCUUUAAUUCCAGUUCCAUUUCCUGCACAAAUUCUGGAUACGGCUCCAGUUCCAGCUCCAGUUGCUGUUCCUGUCCCAGGCUUGUCCCAAGUCUCUGUUCCAGCAGGAGCUCCUGCUCCUCCCACAGUUUUUCCCCUGGUGGAGACCCUGUACACUGACUCCCAGGGCAGGGAGGCCCUUGACCAGGUCCUGAUUGAGGACUUGGGUGCAGAUGAGGAGGAAGACAUUUCUCCAUCACAAGACAAAGGAGCUGCUGAAGAUAUGAGUGAGACACCUUCCAUCGGCGUGCCUGAACAAAGCAAAAUGUUUUCAGUUUCCACUGUGUUCUCACCACCAGAAGAAUAUCUCUCAGGAAAUUAAUACACUUUUCAGACACUGCCUCAGUUCCGGACAUGCCACGCCAGACUAUGUCCUUUUCUGUCACAGUCACAGUUUAUAUCUGAGUAUUGUUUUGGAUAGUUGUGCAGCCUGAUGGUUGAACAGAAUAAAUAUGUUGACCGUAUGCAUAGAUUAUUUGAAAAAUGUAUGAAUUCAAACUAACCUUGUAUGCUUAUUUAUUAUUGGUUUGAGCUUCACUGCGAAGCCCAUGAAAUCUAUUUUAUACUUUGCAUUUAGUCAACAGAAAAUUUUGCUUUUAUUUAAAAAGUAAAUAUACCAAUCACUGCUAAUGAUGUGUUUGUAAUUGUGGAAUUAUUUGAUUGAAUUUUUAAACAUUUUACACCUAAUAAAACUGCUUACAUCAUCCGACUGUGGUCAUUAUAAUCUGUGUCACACAUCAGUGUGUAAAUGGCAAAGGUGACAAAUUUAUUUUCAUCAAUGAAAUAACAGUUUGUUUCUAUUAUUUAAUAGAUUUUUAUCCUUUUAUUCACCCUCUUGCAAAAUAUAUUAAAAACCACGGAUUCUACUUGUAUUUUUUUCUGUGGGCUCUAAUCAGAUGGAUAUUAGUUUAUUUUGGAACUGUAGUUUUUUCCAAAAUGUUUGUAGCAUCUGGAACUUGUCUUUUCUCACUAAGAUCAUAUGAAAAAUUAGCAGGAAUUAUGUGUAAAUAUUUUUACCUGAUGAUGGCCAAAUUUUAUUCUGAUAAAUGUAAAUACUUUAACAAUAAACAUUUACCUGCCCUGAUCAGUAAAAUUAAAAAGUAUGUUUCAUUACUCCCUACAGUGUAGCAGAAAAGCUGACAAACACUGUAUUAACUGCUUGCAUUUAUUUUAUACUUUGUUGGUCAAGACCCAUGUACACCUGCCUCCAUUUUAUGUAUUUAAUGAAAUGAAACUGUAUUUGUAACCUGUAAAAACUUUGCUUCUAUUUUAUGUACUUAAUUUUAUAAGCUACUAUGCACAGUGGGAGAAGUAUUCUGAUCCUUUACCUUAUUAAAAGUAACAAUAUGACAAUGUAAAAAUACUCUACUACAAGUAAAACUCUUUUAUUCAAACAUAAGUAAAACUAUAGAAGCAUUAUCAUCUAAAUGUAUUUAAACCCUCAUUAUAGUGCAUGGUGAAUUUGUGUAAUGAUAUUAUAGGCUAUAUAAUAUUAUUUAUUAUUACUCAUGCAUUAGCAUAUCAGAAAUAGGUCACUUUAAUGUUGUAACUGCUAUGGUGGUGCCAAACACA